GCUAACAGUUUUACGUGGCGGAAGCUAGAACACUGUCAUGGCGGAUGCCGGUGUGAAAAGCGACAUACGCUCGAAUAUGUGGCGACCAGGAGCUUUUCAGAGUUUGCUCACGUUCUCCAUUUUAUCACUGGCUUGGCUUGUUGGAUUUAGCUCAAGAUUAUUUGCAGUCAUUCGAUUUGAAAGCAUCAUCCACGAGUUUGAUCCAUGGUUCAACUAUAGAUCAACACAUUACAUGGUAGAACAUGGUUUCUACAACUUUUUGAAUUGGUUUGAUGAUACAGCAUGGUACCCUCUAGGAAGAAUUGUUGGAGGGACGGUGUAUCCUGGUUUGAUGGUGACGUCUGGUACCAUCCAUUGGAUUCUACACAUACUGAAUAUUCCAGUGCAUAUACGAGAUAUAUGUGUGUUUUUAGCACCAAUAUUUAGUGGAAUGACAGCAAUAGCUGUGUAUUUCUUCACCAAAGAAGUAUGGAAUCCAGGUGCAGGACUCUUUGCUGCCUGUUUCAUUGCCAUAGUACCUGGGUACAUUAGCAGAUCUGUCGCUGGUAGCUAUGACAAUGAAGGAAUAGCAAUUUUUGCUCUCAUGUUCACUUACUAUUUAUGGAUAAAGGCAGUAAAAACAGGGUCCAUGUUUUGGGCCAUAUUUACAGCUUUAUCAUAUUUUUACAUGGUUUCAGCAUGGGGUGGUUACGUUUUCAUCAUUAACUUAAUUCCAUUACAUGUUUUUGUCCUGUUGUUAAUGGGAAGAUAUUCUAGACGUGUUUACAUAGCAUAUUCAACCUUUUUCAUCACGGGUUUAAUUUUAUCAAUGCAAAUUCCAUUUGUUGGAUUUCAACCAAUCAAAACCAGUGAACACAUGGCAUCUGCUGGUGUUUUUGCUUUAAUUAAUGCAUAUGCUAUUAUAAAGUAUGUGCAAUCCUUCAUGACCAAAGCUGAGUUUAAGUUUUUCUUCAUCUGUGCUGUUGGAGGAGCUGCAAGCAUCAUCUUCUUAGGUGUUGUUGGACUCACAUGGGCAGGAGUCAUCCAUCCCUGGAGUGGGCGUUUCUAUUCCUUGUGGGACACGGGGUACGCCAAGAUCCACAUUCCUAUCAUCGCUUCUGUGUCGGAGCAUCAGCCCACCACCUGGGUCUCGUUUUUCUUUGACCUCCACAUUUUGGUGUGUGCUUUCCCAGCCGGGGUGUGGUACUGUGUCAAGCACAUCAAUGAUGAAAGAGUGUUUGUGAUUUUGUAUGCCAUAUUUGCCAGUUACUUUGCGGGUGUGAUGGUCCGUCUAAUGUUGACCCUGACGCCAAUUGUGUGUGUUCUGGCUGCCAUAGCUUUUUCAAAGACAUUCGAAAUCUAUCUCAAAGAUGAGGCACCUAAAUCCAGUAGUAAAGAAAGUAAGGAGGAGCCAGCUGAGAGCAAGAAUGACAGGCUCUACGACAAGGUUGGCAAAACUAAGAAAACAAAAGAAGAAAAGCCUAAAGACCAGGAUGCGAUGGGAAUGAACAUUAAGACAAUCGUAAUCAUCGCCCUUCUGAUGAUUCUGAUGCUGUUUGCUGUACACUGUACGUGGGUGACCAGCAGUGCCUAUUCUAGUCCCAGUAUAGUGUUGGCGUCGUACAAUCAUGAUGGUAGUAGAACAAUCUUGGACGACUUCCGUGAAGCUUACUAUUGGUUGAGACAGAACACGCACGAGAAAGCUCGUGUGAUGUCUUGGUGGGAUUAUGGGUACCAGAUUGCAGGAAUGGGGAAUAGAACAACACUGGUGGAUAAUAAUACGUGGAACAACAGUCACAUAGCACUGGUUGGGAAGGCCAUGUCUUCUAACGAGACAGCAGCCUAUGAUAUUAUGCGUCAGCUUGACGUGAAUUACGUCCUGGUAAUAUUCGGAGGAGUGAUUGGUUACUCUGGAGACGACAUCAACAAAUUCUUGUGGAUGGUCAGAAUAGCUGAGGGAGAACAUCCUAAAGAUAUCAGGGAGGCUGAUUACUUCACCCCCCAGGGCGAGUUUCGGGUGGACUCUGCAGGCUCACAGACCUUACUCAACUGUCUAAUGUACAAACUGUCGUAUUACAGAUUUGGAGAACUACAGCUUGACUUUAGAAGUCCAGCAGGCUAUGACAGAACUCGAGGUGUGGAGAUAGGGAAUAAGAAUUUUAAGUUGACUCAUCUAGAGGAAGCUUAUACGUCAGAACACUGGCUGGUCAGAAUCUACAAAGUAAAGGACCUAGAAAACCGAGAAAAAGUUGGAAAACCAACCAUACCGGCACAGAAAUGGAAGAAAAGGACUUCCAAAAAGACUUCAAGGAGAAGAAUUGGCAGCAUAAAAAAUCAGCCAAAAGUAAUCAAAGGAAAGAAGAGAUCAAGUAAAAAGUAAAAUACCUUGUUUUAUUGGACCAAGAGUUGUCUUUCUUUUGUUGUGUUUGUGACACAGACAACAAGGUUUACACUGAUGUGAAAUGUUAUAUAUUGUAAAUGUGGAACCAGAUUUGCAUAACUUGAAUCAAGUAAAUUUCUUUUUUUCAUAUUAAAUGGAUGGUACAUAACUUCAAGUUUAAGAGAGAGAACUCUUUAGUGUUUUAUUCUGUGUUAUUGUUUGUUGAUAGUCCAGUGGUUGUUUUUGUCAUUUUGUUCUUCCACCGUGAGAAAGGUACCUGAGUGUGUAGCAGUGUCAAUGUUUCAGUUCAGAGCUGAAAUGCUAUUUAUUCUAAUCAAGUUUUAUUUAAAAAUACACAUUUCUUUUUUGUAUCUUAAUUUAUGUAUUUUGCUUAAGUGGUACAGUGUGUAGUAACAUGUUGACCCUCUGUUGCUUAAUUAUGUACUUUAUUAUUAUAUAACUCUCUGUACUUAAAGCCUACACAUUUUUGAUUUUCCAUUAUGUAUUUUUUGGGAAGGUGAAUGGAUGCUUUUGAGGUGUGUGAAAAUGGUUGCAUAUUCCAUCCAGCUCAGCAGUGUACAUGUAUAUGAGGAUUACAAUGUUUAUGAAUUUUAUACAUUACAACAUAUUUUAGGAUCUACUAGGAAUGCAGUUAAUAAAUGUUCUACUGUGAAUGUGUAUCUUAACAGUUCCCAAUUUAUAGUUUCAAUAACUCUAUGCAGACUAUUUAGUGAACAGCUUUUAUUUCAGGAUCAUUUGAAGGCAGUUGGUCACAUUUUUAAGAAAUAGAAGGGCAUAAAGACUUGGUAUUUUUGAUAUUUUCCAUUUUUCACUUCAACAAUAAGUGUAAAUAUAAAGUCAUAUCAACACAUCUGCCGAUGAUAUCAUAGUUUUCUAAGCUUCAAAUGAUUAUUUUUAUUCUAUUCUGUAAGUCAAUGAUUUGAACUUAGAUUUGUACAUUGUGUGUAUGUAACACUUUACAGAACCUGAUCUUGUUAACAUUGAAAACCAUGCACUUAUUCUCAUGUUACAUUGUAAAAGUCAUCACUUCACAGAAUCAGAUGUUGUGAAAACAUCUCUGUCAAUGCAUUUAAAACCAUGUGCUUACCUCCAUGUUAUAAUGUAAAAAUAAUUUGUGUAAAUUACUGAAGGAUGAUAUGUCUGGCAAAAUUCAGAGAAGUAAAGUAUGUUACAUUACAUGGACUUGCCAAAAGCUCAUCAUUUUCUCAACGCAGUUUUCAUUAUUAUUAUUAUCUACACAAGCUCAUCAUUAACUCAACACAAUUUUCGUUACUAUUAUCUAGUCAUUGCAAUAUACAGUGGCCAUCAUUACUCUUCCAAAACAGAAUUCCAAAAGUAAACGUCUACAUUGUGCAUAUAUAAGCUUUAGCAAUGAGUUUAAUUUUGUUGAUUUGUACUUUGGGUAUUUUCUUUGGCCAUCUGAUAUGGUGUACAUGUUGGGUUUGUUUGACAUGCAGUGAAUUAACGAAUCAAACAUGUUCAGUAACCAGUGGAUGUUGUCUUGUCUCUUCAGUAGAUGCUGUCUUUGUUUUUUAAAGUUCUUAUAAUACAAAUUAAGAAAUAUAUAUGUGAAAUGAUUGAUUAAAGAUUAAAUCUUUAUUUACAUUU